AUGCAAUCGGACAAUGGAAAGCUUUUCAUCGGAGGAAUAUCGUGGGACACCAAUGAGGAACGCCUCAAGGAGUAUUUCAGCAGCUUCGGUGAAGUGAUCGAGGCUGUGAUCUUGAAAGAUCGCACCACGGGCCGUGCACGUGGCUUCGGCUUCGUAGUGUUUGCCGAUCCCGCCGUUGCUGAGAUUGUCAUAACCGAGAAGCACAACAUCGAUGGGAGAUUGGUUGAAGCGAAGAAAGCUGUUCCGAGAGAUGACCAGAACAUGGUAAAUAGAAGCAACAGCAGUAGCAUCCAAGGCUCUCCGGGCGGUCCAGGUCGGACGAGGAAGAUAUUCGUCGGAGGAUUGCCUUCUUCCGUCACAGAGAGCGACUUCAAGACGUAUUUCGAGCAGUUCGGGACGACGACGGACGUGGUCGUCAUGUAUGACCACAACACGCAGAGGCCUAGAGGUUUCGGAUUCAUAACUUAUGACUCCGAAGAAGCAGUUGAGAAAGUGCUGCUCAAGACGUUCCAUGAACUUAACGGUAAAAUGGUUGAGGUUAAGCGAGCUGUGCCAAAGGAGUUGUCUCCAGGUCCAAGUCGAAGCCCGCUUGGUGCAGGUUACAGCUAUGGAGUCAAUAGGGUUAACAACCUCUUGAAUGGAUAUGCUCAAGGGUUUAAUCCUGCUGCAGUUGGAGGCUAUGGGCUUAGGAUGGAUGGCCGGUUCAGUCCGGUUGGUGCUGGGAGGAGCGGGUUUGCGAACUUCGGUUCUGGCUAUGGGAUGAAUGUGAACUUUGAGCAGGGACUGCCCACAGGGUUCACUGGAGGGACGAAUUUUAAUGGGAACGUUGACUAUGGGCGAGGAAUGAGUCCUUACUAUAUUGGCAACACAAACCGGUUUGCUCCUGCGGUUGGUUAUGAAGGAGGCAAUGGAGGAGGAGGAGGGAACUCGUCCUUCUUCAGCUCGGUUACAAGGAACCUAUGGGGAAACAACGGAGGUCUUAACUAUAACAACAACAACAACACUGCGAACUCGAAUUCCAAUGCUUACAUGGGAGGAGGAUCAACGAGUGGGAACAACACACUUAGCGGUCCAUUUGGCAAUUCAGGAGUCAAUUGGGGUGCUCCUGGAGGAGGAGGGAACAAUGCUGUUAGUAACGAGAACAUGAAGUUUGGUUAUGGAGGAAACGGUGAAUCUGGUUUUGGGUUGGGAGGAGCAGGUGGAUAUGCAGCGAGAAACACAGGGGGUGGCAAGGCAGCACCAUCAUCUUCAUUCUCUUCUGCCUCAGCAACCAACAACAACACUGGUUAUGAUGCAGCAGGACUUGCAGAGUUUUACGGGAAUGGUGCAGUCUAUAGUGAUCCAACAUGGAGAUCACCAACUCCUGAGGCAGAAGGACCUGCUUCUUUUAGCUAUGGGAUUGGAGGAGGAGGUCCUUCUUCGGAUGUUUCAGCUAGAAGUUCAUCUCCAGGUUAUGUUGGCAGUUACAGUGUGAACAAGAGACAACCAAACAGAGGCGAGCCAUCACGGUGA